ACCAUGAUAAAGAAUUUGGUAUCAAAAAGUUUGUAUGAUAACCUGAAAAUGGAGGGCCAUGGUCAACUUUUACUGGCGUUAAGCAUUGGAGCUUUUGCGAUUUUGCAUAUUGUUCACGCUCAACCUGAUCAACAAGGAUUCAUCAGUUUGGACUGUGGUUUAUCCCCUGGUGAGUCACCAUAUACCGAUCCACUAACCGGAUUAAGAUUCACAUCUGAUGCCGAUUUCAUCAAAAGUGGUAAACGCAGUGAAGUUGGAGAUGAUGAGAUCUAUACCUACAGGCAGUUCAAGGAUCUGAGAUAUUUUCCCGAUGGAAUAAGAAACUGCUAUAAUCUCACAGUAACUCUCCUUUAUGAUAUACGUCAUUGGAUGUCAAAGCUUCCCCUCUCAUCUUUGGAUCAUGUUAAUCGAGAAAAGAAUAGUGCAGCAGAUAGGAUGGCUCAAGAAGCUUUGUCGAUUAGUUCUUCCUAUCGAGUGUACUCUGUUCCUCCUAUUCAUUUACUUCCUUUCUUAUAUCCCGAUGAUGUCCUCGAUCGCAUAUGGGAUCGAUAUAAUUGGUUUGAAAGAGAUGUAAACACCACUCUCAAUGUGACAUCAUCUAAUCCUUUUGCAGUGCCAGAUGCUGUAAGUAGGUCGGGCGUUUCCCCUACAAAUUCAACCAGACCAUUGAACUUUUACGUGUCUGGGGACGAAAAAAGUAACAAACUUAAUGUGUACUUUCAUUUCGCCGAGAUCGAAGUCCUAAAAGCAAAUGAUACUAGGGAAUUCGAUAUUUUAUUGGAUGACAUUGUUAUUCACAAAGCUUAUAGUCCUAAGGUGUUACAAUCGGAAACAAUAUACAACAUAUCACCACAAAGAUGCAGAUUAAGCUACUGUGACUUGGACCUCAUUAGAACUCCAAGAUCAACUCUUCCACCACUGAUUAAUGCUAUUGAAGCAUUCAAGGUGUUGGAAUUUCAAUAUGCUGAGACAAAUCAAAACGAUGUCGCUGCCAUGAAGAAUAUCGAAGCAAUUUAUGGAUUAAACAUGAUAAGUUGGCAGGGAGAUCCAUGCGUCCCUGAAGUGUUAAAAUGGGAAGGUCUGAUGUGUCGCUACACAAACAAAUCUAUUCCGCCAAGAAUAAUUUCCUUAGAUUUAUCGUCACGCGGGUUAAAAGGGAUCAUAACACCUGCCUUCCAAAAUUUGACCGAGCUUCAAAAACUGUAAAUGCCUACUACUUUUUUCAUAUAUUACACGAUAAUCCAUCAUGUUUAUUAGAAAAUCUUAACAUUUUACAAAUAAGUGAAUAACGGUUUACAUGUAAUGAAUGUUACAAGUAGAA